AUUUGUAUUGUUCUAUUCCAAAUGGUUACUAGCGUAUACACCACCUUUUUUUGUGUGUUUCUUAUUCUCCAUCACAACAGAAUGGACUGUGACUAUUUUCACAGCAGUAAAGGAAGCAGACGCUAUGAAGAUGAUGAGAACCAGUCUGUUUACGUUGGUGUUCCAGUGUCCAGAGGUUACAGAAAGAAACGGCGCCAACGCAGACACACAUCACGGCAUGACCAUGGGAGUCAUGAAAGACAUCAUCACGAGUGCCACGAACAAGUGGAACAGUAUGAUCCAUACAAUGAUGAGUAUGGCUCAAAUGAACAGCUCUCCGAUGCCAACUCUUACAUGUCACCAGCUGCAGAGAGACUGCGCUGCAUCCUUGGAGAGGAUGAUGAGUCCACACCAACACUUUUCACAGAGAUGGACACACUGCACCAUGAAGGUGGAGAACUAGAGUGGAAAGAAUCAGCAAGGUGGGUGAAAUUUGAAGAGAAAGUGGAGGAGGGGGGAGAACGAUGGAGCAAGCCCCAUGUUUCCACACUGUCACUGCACAGUCUCUUUGAGCUGCGAACAUGUUUACAGACUGGUAGCGUCCUUUUAGACCUGGAGGGCUACUCUCUGCCUCAAAUAGUCGAUGACAUAGUGGACAGGCAUGUACAGGAUGGCCUGAUAGACUCUGAGCUCAAAGAGAAGAUCAGUUUCAUUUUGCUGAGAAAGCAUCGACACCAGACCAAGAAGCCCAUCCAUCGCUCACUGGCUGACAUUGGAAAGCCCAGUCCUUCAAGUAAAGAUCAUGUUCAGAGUCGUAGUAUGAAUGAUAUCUCAGUUACACCAAGUUCUGACCAGCUCAAGAACAAGUUUAUGAAGAAAAUUCCUAGAGAUGCUGAAGCAUCCAAUGUUUUGAUUGGAGAGGUGGACUUUCUGGACAAGCCUUUUGUGGCCUUUGUCCGUCUUGCUCAAGCCACAACAUUAGGUGGACUGACUGAAGUCCCUGUACCAACCAGAUUCCUCUUCAUUUUGCUUGGCCCUCAUGGCAAAGUCAAAUCCUACAAUGAAAUUGGCCGUGCCAUUGCCACACUCAUGGUUGAUGAUCUCUUUAGCAGCGUGGCCUAUAAGGCCAGACAUCGUGAUGACUUGAUUGCAGGACUUGAUGAGUUUUUGAAUGAGGUGACAGUUCUCCCACCAGGAGAGUGGGACCCAAAGAUUCGUAUUGAACCACCAAAAAAAGUUCCUUCAGCAGAGAUGAGAAAGUCAGUGUUUUCACUAAAUGAGCUGGGACAAGCAAAUGGAACUUCAGGUGGAGGAGGAAUAGCUGAUGAUGAUGAAGAGUUGCCUGCGCCUCAUGAGAUGGGAGAGGAACUGACCUUCACUGGGAGAUUUUGUGGAGGUCUUUGGCUUGACAUCAAACGGAAAGUACCAUGGCUGCUGAGUGACUUUUGUGAGGGCUUUCACAUCCAGUCUAUCUCAGCUGUGCUCUUCAUAUACUUGGGAUGCAUCACUAAUGCCAUCACAUUUGGAGGCCUUUUAGGAGACGCCACUGACAACUACCAAGGUGUGAUGGAGAGCUUUCUUGGCACAGCUCUAGCAGGAACAGUUUUCUGUUUUUUUGGUGGCCAACCCCUCAUUAUCCUGAGUUCAACUGGACCUAUACUGGUCUUUGAGAAGCUGCUGUAUGAAUUUUGCAAAACUAAUGACAUUGACUACAUGGAUUUGCGAUUGUGGAUUGGACUGCACUCCUGCCUUCAGUGUCUUAUCCUGGUGGCCUCCGAUGCUAGCUACAUCAUCAAGUACAUAACACGUUUCACUGAAGAGGGCUUCUCCAGCCUCAUCUCCUUUAUCUUUGUCUCUGAUGCUAUAAAGAAGAUGGUGGGGACCUUUCAGUACUACCCUAUUAACACAAACUUCAAGCCUGACUACAUCACUAGUUACAAGUGUGACUGUAUGCCUCCAGAUCAAGGUGAUUCAAUGGAUUUCAAUUCGUCUGCUCUACUUGGACCAGACAACUUUACCGAUUACUCUUUGUACAACUUCACAGUUCUUGACUGGAGUCAGCUGACCAAAAACGAGUGUCUAAAGUAUGGUGGAUCUCUGGUAGGCAAAUCCUGCAAGUAUGUUCCUGACCUGGCCCUCAUGUCCUUCGUCCUGUUUUUCGGCACCUAUUCCAUGACCAUUUCACUCAAGAAGUUUAAGUUCAGCCGCUACUUCCCCACCAAGUGGCGUACCUUGAUUGCAGAUUUUGCCAUUAUUAUAUCCAUUCUGGUCUUCUGUGCCCUGGAUUACCUGAUGUCCCUCGAGACCCCCAAACUGCAUGUGCCUACUGAGAUCAAGCUUCGGAAACUCUUCAGUGAUUUUGCCAUCUUCACAUCAAUCAUGACUUUUGUUGGCCUUGAUAUUUUAAUGGGGCUUGAAACACCUAAACUUAUUGUGCCCACAGAGUUUAAGCCCACUCGGUCAGACCGUGCUUGGAUGGUCAUUCCUUCUGGGAAGAACCCCUGGUGGAUGUAUUUGGCUAGUUUUGUACCUGCUCUUCUUGUUACAAUCCUUAUUUUCAUGGAUCAGCAAAUAACUGCUGUUAUUGUCAAUCGCAAGGAGAACAAACUUAGGAAAGGAUGUGGCUACCAUUUAGACAUGUUUUGGGUCGGAAUCCUCAUGGCCGUCUGCUCUUUCCUGUGCUUACCAUGGUAUGUAGCAGCUACAGUCAUCUCCAUUGCUCACAUAGAUUCCCUUAAGAUGGAGAGCGAGUGCAGUGCUCCAGGUGAGCAGCCACAGUUCCUGGGAGUGAGAGAACAAAGGCUUACAGGAAUCCUGGUUUUUGUGCUCACUGGAGUGUCUAUUUUCUUGGCUCCCAUACUGCAGUAUAUUCCCAUGCCAGUACUUUAUGGAGUGUUCCUGUACAUGGGUGUAGCCUCUCUCAGUGGCAUUCAGUUUUGGGAGAGGAUCAAGCUGAUCCUGAUGCCCGCCAAGCACCAGCCGGACUUUGUUUUCCUCCGCCAUGUACCUUUGCGCCGGGUGCAUCUUUUCACCUUAGUUCAGAUUACUUGUCUGGCUGUGCUCUGGAUCCUCAAGUCUACUGUUGCAGCUAUUAUUUUUCCUGUCAUGAUCCUGGGACUGAUGGUAGUGAGAAAGAUGCUUGACCUUGUCUUCUCCCAGCAUGACCUGGCCUGGCUGGAUGACAUCCUCCCUGAGAAGGACAAGAAAAAAAAGGAUGAUGAGAAAAAGAAGAAAGAGAGAAAGAAAGCAAAGUGCAGAGAUCAUGACAGUGAUGAAGAGUGUUGCUAAAGAGGCACUAACUUUUACUGCAGUCUGUAUGUGUCAUUUAUCUAAUUUACAGUUCCUAUGUACCAGCCCCAGCAUGGCAUUCGAUUUAUUUGGUGUGUCCUGCAUGUGUUUUCUGCUGAAUUGUGGGUAUUUAAAUUAGCACAUUUAGCUGCAUGGCAGUAGCUUGAGGUUUCUGUGUCUCUCCCAGUUGAAAUGUCCAAGUGAUAUCCUUCCCUCAGUGAAGAUACCAAAGGAGUGUCCAUCAUCCUCCCCUGAUCCUCCUCACACACCCUCCUGACACACACC